AUGUUCAUGAUCAUUCGAGAGCCGACCGCCGGAGGAGGCGGUGCUGGAGCGAUGAGCGCGCCACAGGAGAGGAGUGCAAAACAGGUGCAGGCCGCCAUCAAGAAGAAGGUGGAGAAGCAGAAGAAGCGGAGCAACGAGCAGGGAGGGGGUGGUGGGGAUACUCAGACUGCUGUCCCUCAGCCUCCACGCCAGCAGAGAUCUGUCCAGAUCCCGCCGGCGGGGGUAACGGAUGGGCCCCUCCAGGGUAAGGCGAGGGCAGUGGGCCAGCAGGGUCUGCAGCCAGAGGGGGAGGAGGACGAGGAUGUGGAGGAUAAGCCGUUCAAGGAUCCUUUCGGUGCACUGGUGAAGAACUGCAACAUGCUGCACAACAUUGUGGGCCCGGCCUGCAUCUUCCUCAAACAGGGCUUUUCUCAAACACUUGACAGAGAGCUGAGACCAGAGGAGCUUGAUGAGCUCCGCGAGGCAUUUGUGGAGUUUGACAAAAAUAAAAAAGGCUACAUCAGUCACAAAGACCUGGGGGAGUGUAUGAGGACCAUGGGGUACAUGCCCACAGAGAUGGAGCUCAUCGAGCUGAGUCAGCAGAUCUGUGGAGGUAAAGUGGACUUUGAAGACUUCGUGGAGCUGAUGGGGCCCAAGAUGCUGGCAGAGACAGCAGACAUGAUCGGAGUCAAAGAACUUCGAGAUGCAUUCAAAGAGUUUGACUCCAACGGCGAUGGUCAGAUCAGUUUAACGGAGCUGCGUGAGGCCAUGAAGAAGCUGAUGGGAGAACAAGUGACCAACAGAGAGAUCAACGAGAUCCUCCGAGACGUCGACCUCAACGGAGACGGUCUGGUGGACUUCGAGGAGUUUGUGCGAAUGAUGUCCCGCUGACCCCGUCCAGCUGCCCACAGACAGACAUUAUGCAACUGCUGGAUAAAGAAACAUUCUUCAUCUAGAAUUAUAUUUUUAUAAUAAAUGAAGGGGGAAAAAAAGGAAAAAAAAAAGUUUUGAAUAGACAAAUUGCAUCCAGCUAACAAGACUGUCCACUUCUGAACUCAAGGUGCAACAUAAAUAUAAAGCAUUAUAACAGCUGUGAAACAUAUCAAACACAUAGACAACAUUUAUGAAUCUGUGUUUUUUAGAUGUAUUUUUAUAUAUCAGUGUUUGUCCUUUGAGUGUAAAAUCUUGUUUGUAAAACUGUAAAGUUUUUUAAUUAA